AUUAGUGCUCAAGCCACUUAAACUCCACUAAUAUUUGUUAACUUUCUCUUCUACAGAAAUGAUGAUCAAUAUGGAGGACCAGCAGAACUAUGAUCGGAAAUCUGAGUUGAGAUCAUUCGAUGAAACCAAAACCGGUGUCAAAGGACUUGUUGAUUCUGGAAUCACUACCGUCCCUUGUAUAUUUAUCCUACCUUCAUCCGAAGAUCAAAACUCUGGCAAAAAACCAUCUCAAGAACUAAGUCUUCCAACUAUAGACCUGGAUGGAAUCAACAAAGAUCCUAUUAGACGAAAGGAGGUGAUUGACAAAGUGAAGGAUGCAUUGGAGAGCUGGGGAUUCUUUCAGAUAGUGAAUCAUGGAAUCCAUGAUAGUAUUUUGGAAGAAAUGAAAAAGGGUGUUCGAGGGUUCUUUGAACAGGACAGUGAGGUAUUGAAGCAGUGUUACACAAGGGAUAGCAGCGGGAAACAUAAGUUGGUGUAUAAUAGCAACUUUGAUUUGUAUGUUGCACCUGUUACUAACUGGAGGGACACUUUCUACUGUCUCAUGGCUCCUAAUCCACCUCAACCACAUCAACUUCCUUCUCCGUGCAGAGAUAUUUUGAUCAAGUACUCAAAAGAAGUGAUGAACUUGGGUGUUUGUCUAUUUGAGUUGAUAUCCGAGGCUCUUGGGCUUAGCCCGAAUCAUCUUGUCGAGAUUGGGUGUGCAGAAGGACUUGCCAUCCUUGGCCAUUACUAUCCUUCGUGCCCCCAACCUGAGUUAGCAAUAGGGACCUACAAACAUACCGAUAAUAACUUCAUCACGGUUCUUCUGCAAGACCAUGUUGGCGGCCUUCAAGUCUUUCAUCAGAACCAUUGGAUCGAUGUUCCUCCUAACCCACAAGUUCUUGUAGUGAAUGCUGGAGAUCUUCUACAGUUAAUUUCGAAUGACAAAUUUGUGAGUGCACAACACAAAGUAUUGGCAAACAAAGUUGGUCCAAGAGUAUCGGUGGCAUCAUUCUUUACAACGGGUAAGCUUCAAUCAUUGAAUGUGUAUGAACCAAUCAAAGAGUUGAUAUCUGAAGAGAAUCCAGCAAAAUAUAGAAGCACAACAGUUGAGGAGUAUGGGAACUAUUUCGUCUCAAAGGGACUGGAUGGCACUUCUGCACUGCUGCAUUUCAAGAUUUAA